GGAACCGGGAGCUGGGAAUCGGGAACCGAGCCAUGAGCUGGACCUGUCCACGCUGCCAGCAGCCCGUCUACUUCGCUGAGAAGGUGAGUUCCCUGGGCAAGAACUGGCAUCGUUUCUGCCUGAAAUGUGAGCACUGCCACAGUGUGUUGUCGGCUGGGGGCCAUGCCGAGCACGACGGGAAGCCGUACUGCCACAAGCCCUGCUACGCCGCUCUGUUUGGGCCUCGAGGGGUGAACUGCGGUGGCAUUGGCUCUUACCCCUAUGAUGCCCCCGCCCCAAGCCCCAUCAGCACAACCCCCCCGAGUUCUGGCAGUUUCAGGCCCCCUGGCGUCAGGGCCUGGUCCCCUCUGGGCAAGAUGGCACCAAGAAACCUGGCCUACGUGAAGACGUUCGCUGGGGAGACUUCCAUGUGCCCGGGCUGUGGGAAACCCGUCUACUUUGCCGAAAAGGUGAUGUCCCUAGGCCAAAACUGGCAUCGGCCCUGUCUGCGCUGCCAGCGCUGUCGCAAGACGUUGACGGUCGGAGGCCACGCGGAGCAUGAUGGAAUGCCCUAUUGCCACAUUCCCUGCUACGGAUACCUGUUCGGGCCCAAAGGUGUAAACAUCGGCGAGGUGGGGUGCUACAUCUAUGAUUUGGCAGAGGUGAAGACGGAGUGAAAGCUGAGAGAGCCCCCCAGCCACCACCUCCCCCCAACCCCUACCCCUCAGAACCACUCCAGACCCUCAGCUUGCCCCGGGCUUUGAGCAACACAGAGCCUCUCCUCCCCAAACGAUUCCCAGGGCCUCAGUUGCCCACACUGCCCACCAGCAGCAAUGGCUUGGAGUGCCAGGCCCCCAGCUGCACUCAUCCAGCCCAAAUUGAGGGCAGAAGGGUCCGGGGAGCAGGUGGAAGUCCGGGCUCCCACCCUUCCUCCCGGGCACCAUCCCCACCAAGUUCGACUGACUCAGUAAUGGGUUUGGGUUGAGGUCAGCAGUCACAUGGGGUGUCGUCCCUCUCACUCUAACUGGCCAAUCUGUAGAUUGCUUGCUGUCCCCCGUCUGCCCCCGAUCCCCCCAAACAUUGCAUUCUGACCACCUGCUCGCAUGCAGCACUGUGGGGAGAGGAAAGGAGCGUUGGUGCUGGAGACAGGUAAACCAAGGACUCAAGCUGGUAUUGUUACCCCCGGUGCCCCCAGCCGCUCCCCAAGCUCCUCCUCCUGCCACCGCCCCACCCAGUGCCCUGACCCGUGUUUCUGCUUCUCUGGUCCAAAUAAAUGCUCCUCCA